CAGCAUGGGUAGGGCCUUGCUCCUUUCUCGGUGUGACAGUUUCCGGUUUGUGAUCGCUGUGUGUGUUUGUGUGUAAACACUCCAAAGUUUUUAAAUAAACGUCACAAAAACUCUGAAAUCACAGCAGCUUCCGGGAUGAACGCGCUCAUGAGGAGGUGUUUCUGGCGGCGGGUGGUCACGUGGAGAGGUCUCCAUGUGGGGGCGCCGCUGACGACCUUCGAUGUGAGGAAGGUGGAGCUGACGCCGCUGGAGCAGCGCAAACUGACGUUCGAUUCCCACGCCAUGGUCACAGAGCUGCAGAGCAGCGGUUUUGAGAAGAGCCAGGCGGAGCUGAUCGUCUCAGCUCUGGUCACUCUUGCCACGGCCAACAUGGACGUCGUUUACAAAGACAUGGUGACCAAAUCCCAUCAGGAGAUCGCCCUGCAGCAGAUCAUGGCUCACCUGGACUCCAUCAGGAAGGACAUGGUGAUCCUGGAGAAGAGCGAGUUCGCUAACCUGCGAUCCGAGAACACGAAAAUGAAGCGAGACCUGGAGCAGCUGCAGAACCGGCUGAAGGAGGAGAGCAAGAAAAUCCUGGCAGAAACCAAACUGGACAUCAACCUGGAGAGGAGCCGGAUCUCCGACAUGUUCACUGAGCAGGAGAAGAAGCUGAUGGAGGCCACGUCAGACUUUCAUCACAAGAGAGCCGAGCUGGAAAAUGACAACAUGGAGAUCAACAGGAAGCUGGACCUGCAGGUGGCCUCACUGAAGACGCUGCUGGAGUCCCUGAAACUGGAGACCAUCCGCUACCUGGCAGCCACCCUCUUCUCCUGCCUCGCCAUCGCUCUGGGAGUCUACCGCCUCUGGAAGUGAACGAGCCGUGACUCGUCUUCAUCCACCACACAAAGUAGUUCCAGAAGAAUAAAACUGAUAUUUCAUCUCUAGUACGACAGAGUAAAAAUACUCAGAAUCAGCAACAUGUACUCAGAGUAUCCAAAGUAAAAGAACUCAGUAUAUACAGCAUACUUUUUUAUAUACCAGAAAAGGACCAGCACAGAGUAAAAGUACUCUAAAAGUACCCGAGUUACCAGCUGAUAGUACUGUUACUGAGGUAGAACUUUAAAUGAGUACUUUUACGACGUAGUUUUCCUGCUUCAGCUCAGAGUACAUGUGUGGAUGGAAAUACUUGAGUACUCUUCUGAGUACAUGUUGAGUGUGCCUGCAGUGAACAGACUCAAACACUAGUUUAAAUGUUUUUUAUAACUUGUCUUUAAACACUUUUGUUAAUAAAGUUUUAAUUUUGAGUUCAGAAAUAUAAACUCUGAUAUUUCUGGAGCCGCAGAAACAAAAACCAUCAGAGUGAGUUUGUGUUGAUCUGCUCUGAGGUCUGAAUAAAGCCUGGAAGAAAAAUG